UAUAUAGACCAUAAGCCUUGACACUAUUACUACUCGAGCCUAAUAAAAUAUUUGGCAAGUUUCACUCUUCAAAUUCUCCCAAGAAAAAACCAUCAUGAACAAUCUUCAACGAGGACUUUCCUGUUUUUUGGUCGUUCUUUCAAUCUGCUUCUCAAUAUAUCACCCUCAAUCCCCAAAUUCUUUUCAGGUGCUGGCGCGGUCAUUGAAAGAAAAUGCUACAGAUCCAGAAAUCUUUUCUGAACUCUUCCAUAUUCCUGACUCUUUCAAAAAGGAUUAUAAGGAAAUGGAGAAGAACUUCAAGAUCUUUGUGUAUCCCCAUAACACAGACAAGCAUACUACUGCCUGUAAUAAGCCAACGGAGCUUGGCUGUUUUAGGAGUGAAGGAUACUUCUAUCACAAUCUCAAUCACAGUCGGUUCUUGACCAAAGAUCCUGAAAAGGCUCACCUUUUCUUCAUUCCCAUUUAUUGUCAUUCGAUGUCUCCUGAGGAAAAAUCCAAGAAAGAAAGGGCUAUUGCUGUCCAGGAUUUUGUCAAGUUCCUCAUUUCCAAGUACCCUUAUUGGAACCGAACUUUAGGUGCCGAUCACUUCUUUGUAAGCUGCUCAGAAGUUGAUGUGGCUGCUACCGCACGAAUUGCUGACCGUUUGAAGAACUCAAUUGGACUCAUGUGUUCUCCUAGUUAUAAUAGUAAAUAUGUUCCUCAUAAGGAUGUUUCCCUCCCACAAAGUGUACAGCCAUAUGCUUAUACUGAAGCCAGAAAUAUAGAAAAGAACAGGACUAUGCUGGGUUUCUGGAGUGGUGUUGAAGAUUCUUAUAUAAGAGAGCGGCUGUACCUCACCUGGGAGUAUGACUCAGAACUUUACAUCGAAGCCAGAGAUUGGCCUACUAGUAUUGAACAAGGACAUUGGCAAGCCCGUGAGGAUUUCUACAAUUCUAAGUUUUGCAUCUGUCCUGGAGGCCCUCAGCUUGAUGGUUUUAUAGCAUUCGCAAUUCACUAUGGAUGCAUUCCAGUUAUCUUAUCUGACUACUAUGAUUUACCAUUCAACGACAUUCUUGAUUGGAGGAAAUUUUCUGUAAUACUAAAGGAGAAUGAUGUCUAUUCGCUAAAGAAAAUCCUUCAGGACAUACCAAAGCAAACAUAUGAAUCUCUGCAGAAUCACACAUUCAUGGUCCAGAAGCACUUUCAGUGGAACUUAUCUCCAGUAAAAUAUGAUGCAUUUCAUAUGGUCAUGUAUGACCUGUGGCUGCGCCACCAUGUUACCAAGUACCGGUACUAGCAAUGAAGAUGAGCAAUUGCUCUUGAUAUGCUUGAGAAAUGUGUUGUAUCCCACCCAUUUUCCUUUCAAAUAGCUAUUAGAUGAGAUUUUCUUCCAUAAAAUGAGGUUGUUUAUUGAUCCUAUCUUCUGAAAUGCGAACCUUGCUGGAUGAGAGCAGCCUCGGUGCUGUGAAUUUUCAUCUGUUUUUUCACAGCAGCAAAACUUGUAAAAUAUUUUCCGUAAGGAUUGUGCAUAUGGUAAAAUAUAAAAAGAAAUUAAUG